CCUGGUGUUUUGUAACGUGGACGUGGCUGAAAACGUGACGGAGACACUUCCACUACCACGGCAGACAGACCGAGCAGGGGAAGAGAGAGGACACGGACCCCGCGUGUGAACUGAAGCGACUCACCCGUGUCAUAAACUACAUCAUAAUAAUGUCUGCCUCCUCCCGAACCAUCAUAUGUUUACUGAGAAACGACCUGCGACUCCACGACAAUGAGCUUUUCCACUGGGCUCAAAGAAACGCAGAGAACAUUGUUCCACUCUACUGUCUCGACCCAAGACAUUAUGUGGGAACGUACAACUUCAACUUCCCCAAGACUGGACCUUUCCGUCUGCGCUUCAUGCUGGACAGCAUCAGAGACCUCAGGAAAACACUGGUCAACAAGGGCAGCAACCUGGUGGUGAGACGGGGUAAACCGGAGGAUGUUGUCGCCGAGCUCAUCAAGCAACUGGGCUCAGUCAGCACCGUGGCUUUUCACGAAGAGGUGACUUCAGAAGAGCUGAGUGUGGAGAAAAACGUGAAGGAUGUCUGUGCACGGUUGAAGGUGAAAGUUCGUACCUGCUGGGGGUCGACGCUGUACCACAGAGAUGAUCUGCCAUUUCAUCACGUGUCGCGGCUGCCUGAUGUGUACACUCAGUUCCGGAAGGCAGUGGAGACCCAGAGCAGCGUGAGGCCUGUGUUUCCAACCCCAGAGCAGCUGAAGCCUCUUCCUCCAGGACUGGACGAGGGAGCCAUUCCCACAGCGGAGGACCUGCAGCAGACAGAGCCUGUGACUGAUCCUCGCUCGGCCUUCCCUUGCACUGGUGGUGAAAGUCAGGCUCUGGCCAGAGUCCAACACUAUUUCUGGGACACUAAUGCUGUUGCGUCCUAUAAGGAGACUCGUAACGGCUUAAUCGGUGCAGACUAUUCCACUAAAUUCGCACCUUGGCUGGCGAUUGGCUGCAUUUCGCCCAGGUACAUUUAUCACCAGAUCAAGCAGUACGAGAGGGAGCGGACAGCCAAUCAGAGCACAUACUGGGUGAUUUUUGAGCUUUUGUGGAGGGAUUACUUCAAAUUUGUGGCUGCCAAGUACGGAAACAGACUGUUCCAGGUCAAAGGACUUCAAGACAAAUCAGUGCCAUGGAAAAAAGACAUGAAGCUCUUCAAUGCAUGGAAAGAGGGACGCACAGGAGUUCCCUUUGUCGAUGCCAACAUGAGAGAGUUGGCACUGACAGGCUUCAUGUCCAACAGGGGGCGACAAAACGUUGCCAGCUUCCUCACAAAGGAUCUUGGCCUGGACUGGAGAAUGGGAGCCGAGUGGUUUGAAUACCUCCUGGUGGACCAUGAUGUCUGCAGCAACUACGGCAACUGGCUUUACAGUGCCGGCGUAGGAAAUGACCCCAGAGAGAACAGGAAGUUCAACAUGAUCAAACAAGGCCUCGACUAUGACAACAAUGGCGACUAUGUCCGGCAGUGGGUUCCAGAGUUGCAGGGCAUCAGGGGAGGUGAUGUGCACACACCGUGGACCCUCAGCUCUGCCACACUGUCUCAUGCUCACGUGUCCCUUGGCGAGACCUACCCCACUCCCGUGGUCAUGGCGCCUGAAUGGAGCAGACACGCUAACAAGAAAGCGAGUGCCUCAGGGCCUUCACCAAGAGGGAGGAAAGGCCCAUCGCAGACUCCAAAACAGCAUGGGAACAGAGGCAUAGAUUUCUACUUCUCCAGAAGCAAAAACCUGUGACGUGCCAUUAAUACCAAACAAACCAACACUACAAACAUGGAUGAUGCUCAGGGGAUGGAAUUCCGUCCCACUGAUGUUAAACUGAUUAUUUUGUUAUAAAGUCUGUGCUGCGCACUGUGUCGCCGUGAGAAGUUGUGGAAUAGGAAGAAAUAUGUGUGUCUGCGUAGAGUUGAAUACUUGAACUGGACUGAUCUAUAUUUAUGCUCUGAGUUCUUAAGAAACACUUUUCUGUGUUUCCUUUUUUACAGCAGGAACAGGAACAAGGGACUGUGGUUUUUACCUGAUUCUUUUCUUCAUUGUUAAUGUCUAUUGAGCUGCGUGUGUAGUGUGUGUGUGUGUGUGUGUGUGUUUUUAAAUUUAUUUAUUUACAAAAUAAAACAUGUAAGCUGCAA